AUGAUAGCAAUCAAAUUUUCUUGUGCUUUCCUUAUUAUUUCCACUGUAACACUGGUCACCGUAGUCAAUGCCUUUAAUCCCAAGCUUGUUCUUCAACUUGUUAAUGAUGAACGUAGUAAGGUUGGAGCUUCUGCACUUACAUUGGACGGUCAAUUGACGCAAGCUGCUCAAACGCAAACCGAUUAUAUGGUGUAUUCCGGUAAACUCACUCACGAGAACCCUAUCGGUGAUUUAGGGAAACGAAUUCGAGAUACUGGGUACAUUUAUAGUGACAAUAACUAUGCUGAAAAUGUCGCUGUUGGAUAUGGUACAGAUGAGGAAGUGCGUGUUGUGCAAAGUUGGAUGAGUUCCAGCGAUCAACAAAAUAUUCUUAAUCCAGCAUUCACUAAUAUGGGAGUCGCAUUUGGUGGUGAAACAUAUUGGACUCAAGUUUUUGCAACACCAAGUGAACAAAUCAGCGUGAAUUUUAGACAAAAUAUGCCAACCAACGCGAAUUUUAGAAAUAGUUUACCAACCAGCGUGAAUUUUAGACAAAGUACACCAACCAACGUGAAUUUCAGACAUA